AUGGAUAGCCAAGAGAAUGAAGAAUAAGGAUGUUACCAUUUUAUAGGAGUGGCAUACACUGUAAAUAAAACUGAAUUGUAAUUAACCAUUCAGGCCGUCUUAGCAUUCCUUGGAACAUUCCUUGCGACAGGUGGCUUAUUCUUAAUUAAAUGGUUCUAAUAAAGAAAUCUUCAUUACUCUAUAAAUAGUUCACCAAGUGAUUUUACGAUCUUAUUAAGAAACUAUCCUUACAUUCAUGAGAGACACCAGAUUGAAUAAUAUUUUAUGAAAUACUUCAACAUUAACCCAGCAUCCAUAGUUAAAAUAAUACGUCCUUUGAAUAUUUAAGAUUACAUGAAUGAUUAGAAGAAAAAGAAUGAAAAGUUGAAAGAAUAACAGAGAAUCUAUGCUUUGAUGACACGACCAUAAGAAGUCAGAGAGAAAAAUGAUAUUUUAAAUAAGUUAAUGCUUGAAAUCUAAGUAUUAGACAAAUAGAUUUCUCUAUUUGAGUAAUAAGUCACUCUCAAUAAUUUAUAUCAAAGAACUGAUUAUGUUUUAGUAACAUUAUAAGAGGAAAAUCUAGUUGAUUAAAUUCUAGACACAUGUAACUAAAGUCGAUGGUAUGAAGUAAUGAUGGAUUAUCUUGGGUGUUGUGAUAAAUUGCUUUAUUAUUUGAAUAAUGAUAAAUAGCAAUGGAAGUUUAUAAAUGGAUAAAGAAUUUAUAUAAGAAGAGCACCUGAACCUUUAGAUAUAAUUUGGUAAAAUUUCAAUACAAGUCAUUCAUAAAAAAGAUGCAAAAGACUGUUGGCUUUAAGUUUAAACUUUCUAGUUGUUCUGGUAGGAGCCUUUGUUGUUUAUGGAAUUUCAUAUACUCAAAAUUAAGCAAAGAGUAGUGAUUCAUUUUAUGUAAAAUACGUUUUGUCAGGUUUGUGUGCUUUGGCAAUUUUAAUUAUUAAUCAAAUUUUGGAGUUUCUGAUUAAGAUCACUUCAAAGUACGAGAAGCAUACCACCUAUACUAAUGAAACCAGAAGUGUUAUGGUAACAUAAACCAUAAUGCAAUUCAUAAAUACAGCUCUUGUGCCUUUUGGAUUAUUUAUAUUUACUGAUUUUGAUUAGAAUAAUUUAGCUGUCAGUCUAUUUUUUAUAUUUUUAGGCAAUCUCAUCAUAUUGCCAGUAUUAGAAAUAUUCGACCCAUUAUAUAUCAUUAAAUUAAUCAAAUAGAACCAAAUCCUUAAGGAAUAAGAUAAAAGAUAGAUUAUUCUUACUUAACAACAAACACAUGAACUAUUUGAGGGACCUGAUUAUAGAAUAGCAGACAAAUAUUCUACUAUUUUCAAAAGCAUAUUGAUGAGUAUGUUUUAUGUAUGCAUAUUUCCAUAUGGAAUGAUGAUGUAGAUAGUGUCAUUGUUUCUAUAUUAUUGGGCAUGCAAAUAUACAUUGUUAAGAAGAUGUUCUUAUCCCCCAACCAUAAAUAGAAAUUUAAAUGAUUCUACUCUCCAAUUAUUAGGAAUAUCACCAAUUUUGAUAUCUGCUGGGUCAGCCUGUUAUUCAUUUCUAUUGAUUUAAACUUACAGUAACCUAAUUCUGCAUAUUAUAAAUAUGAUAAUAUCUUGUAUUUGUGUUGGAAGUUAUCUAUAUUUUAGAUUUGAAUCCAAGGUUACUCAUACGGAAUCAGCUCUUUGUUUGAAUUACUUUGAGGAGAGAAAAAAGUUUUCAACAGAUUAUGAGAAAUGUAAUCCAAUUACAAUGAAACAAGCACAAUUUUAAUAACAGUACAAAUUAGAAUGA